AUGAUUGUCUGGCAGUUACAUGAUGGCAUGAUGGCAAAAGAACUGGACUAUGGAGUAACAUCAAUAGCCAUCUCAGUGACGAAAGGACACAAUGCCCUCCUACACAUCUCAGCAGGACACAAUGCCCUCCUACACAUCUCAGCAGGACACAAUGCCCGCCUACACAUCUCAGCAGGACACAAUGCCCUCAUACACAUCUCAGCAGGACACAAUGCCCGCCUACACAUCUCAGCAGGACACAAUGCCCUCCCACACAUCUCUGCAAGUCACAAUGCCCUCCCACACAUCUCAGCAGGACACAAUGCCCUCCCACACAUCUCAGCAAGACACAAUGCCCUCCCACACAUCUCUGCAAGACACAAUGCCCUCCCACACAUCUCUGCAAGACACAAUGCCCUCCCACACAUCUCAGCAGGACACAAUGCCCUCCUACACAUCUCUGCAAGACACAAUGCCCUCCCACACAUCUCAGCAGGACACAAUGCCCUCCCACACAUCUCUGCAGGACACAAUGCCCUCCUACACAUCUCUGCAAGACACAAUGCCCUCCCACACAUCUCUGCAAGACACAAGGCCUCCCACUCAUCUCAGCAGGACACAGUGCCCUCCCACACAUCUCUGCAAGACACAAUACCCUCCCACACAUCUUUGCAAGACACAAUGCCCUCCCACACACCUCAGCAGGACACAAUGCCCUCCCACACAUCUCUGCAAGACACAAUGCCCGCCUACACAUCUCAGCAAGACACAAUGCCCUCCUACACAUCUCAGCAAGACACAAUGCCCUCCUACACAUCUCUGCAAGACACAAUGCCCGCCUACACAUCUCAGCAGGACACAAUGCCCGCCUACACAUCUCAGCAAGACACAAUGCCCGCCUACACAUCUCAGCAGGACACAAUGCCCGCCUACACAUCUCAGCAAGACACAAUGCCCUCCUACACAUCUCAGCAAGACACAAUGCCCUCCCACACAUCUCUGCAAGACACAAUGCCCUCCUACACAUCUCAGCAAGACACAAUGCCCGCCUACACAUCUCUGCAAGACACAAUGCCCUCCUACACAUCUCAGCAAGACACAAUGCCCUCCUACACAUCUCUGCAAGACACAAUGCCCGCCUACACAUCUCAGCAGGACACAAUGCCCGCCUACACAUCUCAGCAGGACACAAUGCCCGCCUACACAUCUCAGCAGGACACAAUGCCCGCCUACACAUCUCAGCAGGACACAAUGCCCUCCUACACAUCUCAGCAAGACACAAUGCCCGCCUACACAUCUCAGCAGGACACAAUGCCCUCCUACACAUCUCAGCAGGACACAAUGCCCGCCUACACAUCUCAGCAGGACACAAUGCCCUCCUACACAUCUCAGCAGGACACAAUGCCCUCCUACACAUCUCAGCAGGACACAAUGCCCUCCUACACAUCUCAGCAGGACACAAUGCCCUCCCACACAUCUCUGCAAGACACAAUGCCCGCCUACACAUCUCAGCAGGACACAAUGCCCUCCCACACAUCUCUGCAAGACACAAUGCCCACCUACACAUCUCAGCAAGACACAAUGCCCUCCUACACAUCUCUGCAAGACACAAUACCCGCCUACACAUCUCAGCAGGACACAAUGCCCGCCUACACAUCUCAGCAGGACACAAUGCCCGCCUACACAUCUCAGCAGGACACAAUGCCCGCCUACACAUCUCAGCAGGACACAAUGCCCUCCUACACAUCUCAGCAAGACACAAUGCCCGCCUACACAUCUCAGCAGGACACAAUGCCCGCCUACACAUCUCAGCAGGACACAAUGCCCUCCUACACAUCUCAGCAGGACACAAUGCCCGCCUACACAUCUCAGCAGGACACAAUGCCCUCCUACACAUCUCAGCAGGACACAAUGCCCUCCUACACAUCUCAGCAGGACACAAUGCCCUCCCACACAUCUCUGCAAGACACAAUGCCCGCCUACACAUCUCAGCAGGACACAAUGCCCGCCUACACAUCUCAGCAGGACACAAUGCCCUCCUACACAUCUCAGCAGGACACAAUGCCCACCUACACAUCUCAGCAGGACACAAUGCCCUCCUACACAUCUCAGCAGGACGCAAUGCCCUCCCACACAUCUCAGCAGGACACAAUGCCCACCUACACAUCUCAGCAGGACACAAUGCCCUCCUACACAUCUCAGCAGGACGCAAUGCCCUCCCACACAUCUCAGGAAGACACACUGCACUCCCACACAUCUCAACAAGACACAAUGCCCUCCCACACAUCUCUGCAAGACACAAUGCCCGCCUACACAUCUCAGCAGAACACAAUGCCCGCCUACACAUCUCAGCAGGACACAAUGCCCUCCCACACAUCUCUGCAAGACACACUGCACUCCCACACAUCUCAACAAGACACAAUGCACUCCCACACAUCUCAGGAAGACACACUGCACUCCCACACAUCUCUGCAAGACACAAUGCCCGCCUACACAUCUCAGCAGGACACAAUGCCCGCCUACACAUCUCAGCAGGACACAAUGCCCGCCUACACAUCUCAGCAGGACACAAUGCCCUCCCACACAUCUCUGCAAGACACACUGCACUCCCACACAUCUCAUCAAGACACAAUGCACUCCCACACAUCUCAGGAAGACACAAUGCACUCCCACACAUCUCUGCAAGACACAAUGCCCGCCUACACAUCUCAGCAGGACACAAUGCCCGCCUACACAUCUCAGCAGGACACAAUGCCCUCCUACACAUCUCAGCAGGACACAAUGCCCGCCUACACAUCUCAGCAGGACACAAUGCCCUCCCACACAUCUCUGCAAGACACAAUGCCCUCCUACACAUCUCAGCAGGACACAAUGCCCUCCUACACAUCUCAGCAGGACACAAUGCCCUCCCACACAUCUCUGCAAGACACAAUGCCCGCCUACACAUCUCAGCAGGACACAAUGCCAGCCUACACAUCUCAGCAGGACACAAUGCCCUCCUACACAUCUCAGCAGGACACAAUGCCCACCUACACAUCUCAGCAGGACACAAUGCCCUCCUACACAUCUCAGCAGGACGCAAUGCCCUCCCACACAUCUCAGCAGGACACAAUGCCCACCUACACAUCUCAGCAGGACACAAUGCCCUCCUACACAUCUCAGCAGGACGCAAUGCCCUCCCACACAUCUCAGGAAGACACACUGCACUCCCACACAUCUCAACAAGACACAAUGCCCUCCCACACAUCUCUGCAAGACACAAUGCCCGCCUACACAUCUCAGCAGAACACAAUGCCCGCCUACACAUCUCAGCAGGACACAAUGCCCUCCCACACAUCUCUGCAAGACACACUGCACUCCCACACAUCUCAACAAGACACAAUGCACUCCCACACAUCUCAGGAAGACACACUGCACUCCCACACAUCUCUGCAAGACACAAUGCCCGCCUACACAUCUCAGCAGGACACAAUGCCCGCCUACACAUCUCAGCAGGACACAAUGCCCGCCUACACAUCUCAGCAGGACACAAUGCCCUCCCACACAUCUCUGCAAGACACACUGCACUCCCACACAUCUCAUCAAGACACAAUGCACUCCCACACAUCUCAGGAAGACACAAUGCACUCCCACACAUCUCUGCAAGACACAAUGCCCGCCUACACAUCUCAGCAGGACACAAUGCCCGCCUACACAUCUCAGCAGGACACAAUGCCCUCCUACACAUCUCAGCAGGACACAAUGCCCGCCUACACAUCUCAGCAGGACACAAUGCCCUCCCACACAUCUCUGCAAGACACAAUGCCCUCCUACAAAUCUCAGCAAGACACAAUGCCCUCCCACACAUCUCAGGAAGACACAAUGCACUCCCACACAUCUCUGCAAGACACAAUGCCCGCCUACACAUCUCAGCAAGACACAAUGCCCUCCUACACAUCUAAGGAAGACACAAUGCACUCCCACACAUCUCAGCAGGACACAAUAUACUCCCACACAUCUCAGCAGGACACACUGCACUCCCACACAUCUCAGCAGGACACACUGCACUCCCACACAUCUCAGGAAGACACACUGCACUCCCACACAUCUCAGGAAGACACACUGCACUCCCACACAUCUCAGGAAGACACACUGCACUCCCACACAUCUCAGGAAGACACACUGCACUCCCACACAUCUCAGGAAGACACACUGCACUCCCACACAUCUCAGGAAGACACACUGCACUCCCACACAUCUCAGGAAGACACACUGCACUCCCACACAUCUCAGGAAGACACAAUGUACUCCCACACAUCUCAGCAGGACAAUAUACUCCCACACAUCUCAGCAGGACACAAUACUGGUAGCAGUGUGGCGGCUCGCACUGUUGGCAGUGAGACGGCCCACUUUGGUGGCAGUGUGAUGACCUACACUGGUGGCGGUGUGAUGGUCCACACUAGUGGCAGUGUGACGGCCCAAACUGGUGACAGUUUGACGGUCCUCACUGGUGGCAUUGUGACGGCCCACACUGACGGUAGUGUGACUUUCCACACUGGUGGCAGUGUGUCGGCCCAAACUGGUGGUAUUGGGAUGGUUCACACUGGUGGCAGUGUGACGGCCCACACUGGUGGUAGUGUGACGGCUCACACUGGUGGUAUUGUGACGGCCCACACGGGUGGUAUAACAAUUGUCUUAAAGAAGAAAAAUGAAGAUGGUCUAGCUGAUGAUGUCACUGACCAUUAG